AGGAAGCAGACCCUCUACCCAGAGAAGCCGCAUGACCCACAGGACUGCAGGAGACUACACUGACUGACAAGAAUUGUAAAAGGUUUUCUCCCAUAGCUGCAGCAGUUUGGGGCCAGUGAGUAUGUUGCUUCUCUCCAUCAUCUUCAUCGUCUUCUCUCAGGCAUGGGCUACAACAUCACCCAAUCUCACCACAGGCUGCAGGCCUGGCACCAUUGCUGAGUGCAGUAAAGCCUUGUUUGUGCCGGGUCACACUCUGCUGGGAGAGGGGUUAAAUAUUCUCACCAUGAAGCCAACUGGAUCUUUUCUGAUGGACAUGCAAAAGGUUGACAAGGAAUGUACAUUGUGCCACAACCCUUACGAGAAUGAUGUCCUGCAGAAGCUACCAAAGGCCAUGGUUGACUGGAGACCUCAGCCGUCAUGUCCCAGGAAGAUUGUGAGCUCUGUCUAUCAAUCUGUGUUAUUAUUGGCCAAUGAAGGAACGGAUGCCGUGAGCAAUGACUGGAAAGUCGGCCUAGAAAUUUCAGCAGGAUCUGUUGGUGGGUCCCAUUCUAAGAUAGCCAAGUUUGCGAAGAGUAAGAUCAUCUAUGACAAGUACAACUUCCUCAGCAACAAAUUGCAAUGUUCAUAUUACAGUUUUGGUCUAUCUAAGGAGCCUGCGCUGACAAAAAGCUUCACAGAUAUUCUACAACAACUUCCAGCCUCCUAUAAUGCUGGAACCAAAGGAAAGUACAUCGGUCUGAUAAGCCACUACGGCACUCACUACAUCACACAUGCGGAGGUGGGGGGCCGAGCGCAGGAAGUCACCGCAGUGAGGACGUGUGAGGUGGUUAUGGAUGGCAUGACAAUGGACGAGGUGAAGGAUUGCCUGAGUGUGGAGGCUGGGCUUAGUACAAGCGUUCCAUAUUCACCAUCAAUAAAUACUACAGUUAGUCAUUGCUCCCGAAAAGCAAGAAAAGCCAACCGAGGUACCAACUAUCAUCAGAUGUUCAACGAACGAGAAUGGGAGGUAAUUGGAGGAAACGUGAAAUUUGACCUUUUUUCUAGUGAAAUAGGUCGUUCUGAGUUUGACAAGUGGCUGGAGGGCCUGAAGACUACACCUGGUCUGGUGACCUACUCUCUGGAUCCUAUCUAUAACUUAGUGAGGUUUAAGGGCCCACAAAAAGACAACCUCAGGCGCGCUAUAAAUGAUUACAUAAAGGAAAAUGCCCUUAUCAUUAAUUGUUCCUGCCCUGGCCGCACAUAUGCCAGUCGUGGAGGCCAUUGUUACUGCGCAUGUCAAGCUACCAAACAUAUCAACUCAGACUGCUGCCCAACAAAUAGAGGAGCAGCCAAGCUUCUUGUGAGUGUCGAGAAGGCCAGGGACCUGUGGGGUGACUACGGGUCAGACACAGAUGCUUAUGUGAAAGUUACAUUUGAUUCCACCGUAUUAAUAACCCAAACCAUCUGGAAUAAUGACGAUCCACAAUGGAAUGCAAAUUAUGAAAUGAAUAUUGUAGAUCUGGCAGCCAACAAAAAAAUAACAAUAGAGGUUUGGGAUGAGGACAACAAGCACAAUGAUGAUCUUCUUGGGAAGUGUGAGGAAACUGUGAAACUAGGAUACGAGUCACUCAUCUGCCACCUGGAUCAUGGAAGGCUCACCUACUCUCUUAGUGUCAGAUGCUUAGAUCACCUUGGAGGUGACCUCUGCCGAGAUUAUAGACCUGAUCCAGGGAUGAAUAACCCACUGGUUGUAGAGCCACUGAAAACCAGAGUUGUAUUUAGAGAUGGUAUUAAUAUAAUCAUUAUAAAUGAUGAAAUUCCUAACUGAUCAAAGGAGGAACUGAUAUAUAUAUAUAUAUAUUCAUUAGGGAUAAAGUCUCUGCGCCUUCAGUGCUGUGAUGCUGAAUAUUGUUUCAGUGUAAAUCUUUACGGCUUAUAUGCGUACCAGAUAUAAGAUGUGAAUGUGCCCGUAAUGCUGUCUUUGUAUGGAUUCCUUUUCUCGUCCUUCGCUCCUUGGGGGUCAUUCCGAGUUGUCCGCUCGUUAUUUUUUUUCGCUAUGGAGCGAUUAGUCGCAAACUGGCAAUGUGCAAUGUACGCAGCGCGCCUGCGCCAAGUAAAUUAGCACAAAAGUUUGGUAUUUUACUCACGGCCUAACAAAGUUUUUUCAUCGUUCUGCUGAUUGUAGUGUGAUUGACAGGAAGUGGGUGUUUCUGGGCGAAACUGCCCGUUUUAUGGGAGUGUGCGGGAAAACGCUGGCGUGCCAGGGAAAAACGCGGGAGUGUCUGGAGAAACGGGGAGUGGCUGGGCGAACGCUGGGCGUGUGUGUGACGUCAAACUAGGAACGAAACUGACUGAACUGAUCGCAGUGUCGGAGUAAGUCUACUCCUUUGAUAAAGUCACGGGUCACGUGACAAAACGCGUUAGGCCACGCCUCCUCCAGCACACCUUGCCAAGGUAACCGUUCUUGGAAGUAACUGCGGGUUUGUUCUCCCCGCUAGUCGCCUCAUACUCUCCACAGAGAUUUCUGAAUAGCCGCGGACUUGGGUCUCUCCCUCCAGCCGUUCACAUCAUCAUACGGCUCUCCGCCAGUGAACUCACGGUUCCCUCUCCAUUGCGGCAGUCGCAUCAGUGGGCACUGCAGGACACCUCGCCGAGGACGCUCGGCUCUGGAACCAGCCCACAAAAGGAGAGGUAUUAUACUGUGUUCAACACCGAGUUUACCCGCAAUCUGAAUAUUUGGGACAUUCAUCCAUAUGGUUAUUCACUGUACCUCCAGCCUCCAGCUCUGCGGCCAUUACCACUCACAACUUUAAACAUCAGCUGGACUUUAAUUUCAGUGGACUUUUCUAUCUAGAGAACUGACACAGCUGGUGUCUAUUGAAUUUGAUACAUUGAGUCAAGGUGUGCUUUCAUUUUUAUUGGUGUAUUGUCACAUUUUAGCUAUUAUUAUUUUUAGUUAUUAAAUCUAUCAUAUUUAUA